AUGUCACCACAGCCCCGACCUGAGCACCCAUACCAUCGAUCAGGGGCCAGACGUGGCUCGAAUGCUAGCUCAAUACACUCCGUUGGUGGUCAACUCGACUCCGGUCAUGGAUCUUCUCCUCUGUUCGAGCUUGGCCAAAAUGCCAUCUCAACACUUCUACAACCUCCGAUAGUCCGCACGGGUUUGCUGCCCCAUUCGUCCGCCCCGGCGUCCACGGUACAUAAGCCGCCCACAGCGAAGGACAUCCCCCCCGUUACUCUGACGAACGUUGCCAAGAUCGACUCCUCCGACUUUGCCCCAUACCUGACACAGGUUGGGGCGCUGCAUGAGCAGCUGCGACGAAUUAGAGAAAGCGACGACGACGGUAGCGCCCAGAUCUUCAGGCGCAAUAGCCGCAAUGAUGAGCUUGUUCCAGAUGACGGGCAUCUUCGGCCACGAGGGCGACAACUGGGCUCCAGAAAAUCUUCGAUAACGUCGCUCAAGUCGGUCACAUCAACCGACGCGCCACAGAUGCGCCGACGGUCAAGUUCAGGCCUUAAGGGGAGCAAAGCUAUACAUGGACCUCCGCCACUAUCAACGAUCCCGAAUGUGUACUUCGACCAGGAGUUCCAUCUGGAGAACCCACGAACAUUCGACGUUGUCAGCGAACGGUCAGAAGUCGUGCAACAAACACCAGGCUCCACAGCACAGGCAAAUGCUACUCCUACCGCCCCCCGCAAAGCUCUCGCCACGAAUGCUAUCCUCCAGGAAAAGCUAUCGUGGUACAUGGACACUGUGGAGAUGCACUUGAUCACAUCCAUAUCUACUGCAUCAACCACCUUCUUUACCGCGCUGGGAUCUCUGCGUGAAUUGCAUUCGGAAGCAGCCGAUUCGGUGGAGAGGAUCCAAACUCUGCGGAAAGAGCUCGACGCGCUCGAUAAGCACAUUGCGACCAGUGGCUUGGAUAUUGUUCAGAAGAAGCGGCGAAGAGAGAAUUUGCAACAGCUCAACGACGCCGUGAAACAGCUCCAGGAGAUCAUAGACUUCGUUGCUGUCUGUGAAGGCCACGUCGAAGCAGGAGAGCUCGAGGAUGCGCUCGACAGCAUAGACACGCUUGAAAUGCUCAUUUCCGGUCGGCGCCGGUCAGCAGCCGAAUUGGAUUCUACUAUACAGCUGCGCGACCUCCGAGGAGCCGUGGCGUUGAGGGGCAUCAGCGAAGACAUGAUGACGCUCAAGACGCGUAUUGGAAAGGCUUACGAGACGAAAUUCGUGGCCAUCCUACUCGAAGACGCCAGGAAACAUGUCGAAACUGUGUCUUCGCAGGAGGUUCUGCUUCGGUGGAGCGGAGCAGCCAUGCGAGCACGCGGGAGACACUCCAGAGAGCCUUCGGCGUUCCCAGCUUAUUUGGCUGGGAUAGAUGGGAUUCGCAAGGAGCUGAAGCCAGUAAUAGCUGGUCUGCAACGAUCGGGAUACAUCACACCUGCCAUUGCAGCGUACCGAGAGUUAAUCUUGAAGGAGAUCCGCAACUUGGUCCGGAAACCCCUCCCAAGCUCCAACGAUGACGACAACGAGUCGAUGAUGUCUGUGUCCACUGUCGGUUCCAGGCGGAUGACGCAACAAGAGAAGUCGUCGAUCCUGGCGCGAAACCUGCGAGCUCUGGAGCCAGAAGAUGCCGAAGAUCUCUUUGUCACCAUAUAUGUAAGCGUGACAGAAACCUUGCGACGACUAAGCACUCAAGUCAAGGUGUUGUUCGAUGUUGCGGGAUCUAUUGGAGAAGAGCCGGAGCUACAAUCCGGUUUGCGAUCGCCUUCCAUCAAAUCGCCUCCUCUGAACAGCGCGAAUCGCGACCUGCAAGAAGACAUACAUCUUGCGAUGGACAUGGCAAACCUGACAGGGCAGGCUGUCGACCUUGGCCAGGAGAAGAUACUCAAGGUUUUGCGAGUGCGUUCCGAGCAGACCACCCAUCUACCGUUGAUCUGGUUCCUGCGUUACUUUACCUUGAACUUCUACUUUGCGACCGAGUGCGAAUCUAUAUCUGGACGAAGUGGCACGCCACUCAAGACGACUGUCAACACGCAUAUCAAGGACUUUAUUCAACACCAUGGCGAUCGAGAGAAACAAAAGCUCGCACAGGCGAUGGAGUCGGAUCAGUGGAGCGCAAAGGACUUUACGGAAAAGAACAACGAGCUGCUCACCCGGGUUCUGGAAAGCAGCACCAAAGAUGCCGCGGAAUGGUCAGAAGCAAGCAAGAUCUGGGUUCCACUUUCCGAGGAGGACUCUGAGACUCCAGCCAAGGUUGAGUCCGAGUCUAAUGGCACAAGCAAGGAGAAGGAGAAGGAGAAGACGAGGAGUGCGAUGAUUGAUGAAGAGCCUUUCAUCCUGCCCAACUCGGCCAUCUUGUGCUUACAAGGCAUGUCUCAUUUCCUCCAGCUCAUUGCGACGAUGCCGUCCAUGGCUUCGGAGGUCUCUGUCUCGUUGAUAGGCUACUUGCAGUUGUUCAAUUCCCGCUGCACGCAGCUCAUUCUCGGCGCGGGAGCUACACGGUCAGCUGGCCUUAAGAACAUCACGACACGGCAUCUUGCGCUGGCAGCCCAGGCUCUAGCAUUCAUCUCUGCACUCAUCCCUCAUGUGCGCGAAUUCGUUCGGCGACAUGCGGGGAGCGGCCCCAAUGCCAACAACCCAGGCGCACCAUCGGUUAUGGGCGAGUUUGACAAGGUCAGGCGACUUUUCCAGGAGCACCAGAACAGCAUCUACGACAAGCUCGUCGAGAUUAUGAGUGGCCGCGCCGCCACGCACGCCAAGACGAUGAAGAAUGUCGACUGGGACAGUACGACUGCGGUUGGCGUCAAUGGUUAUAUGGAGACCCUGGUCAAGGACACGGUCACGCUGUAUAAGGUGCUAUCGAAGCACCUUCCCAAAGGAACGAUCCUCAUGAUUAUGCCGCCUGUGUUUGACAGCUACAAGAGUCACCUCAGCAAGACGCUCGAGUCUCUGAAGCCAAACACUGAGCACGGCGUGAGACGCAUGGAGAACGACUUGAAGUUCCUCAACGAGAAACUUGGCAAGAUUGAGGGCUAUGGAGAUGUCGGGGACAGGCUAUUGUCCAUUGCCCAGGCCAAGAGGGCCGACAUUGAGGCGGCACAAAGCGCCGCGGAAGCCCGCAAAGCAGCGGAGGCAAUCAGAGCACGAGAGGCUGCCGAGGCCGCCGAGGCCGCAAAGGCGCGAGAAGUCGCUGCCGCAGCCAACGGCACCGGGGAGAAUGGAGUCACUGCGCAAGAGGAGGGUUCGCAAGAGAAGAACAAAGACGGGGAUUCGCCUGGGGCUCUGAACGGGAAGCCAGAGAACACGAGCGAUAGCUAG